GUCUGUCUGGCGACGUUUUACUGAGGACCGAGAGAAGAGUGGAGGAAAAGUCUGAUGGUUUGGCGGGUUGCUGUUAGGAAUGAAUUGGGUCGACGUUUACUCGAAUGCAGGCAAUAGGGGAAAUCCCCGGCCACUCGUUUAGAGGAAGGGCUUUGAGUCGACUAUUCUACCUUGAGCUGUUCUCCCUCCCCCCCCGCACAAAAAUGGAAGAGGCCCACUCGCUUCCUCUCUCUCUCUGACGUCACUUCUGGUGCAGUUCGCCGCAUUUCCGUUGACGCAACAUUUUUCAUUCCUGUCCGAUGUCUCGCCUCACUUCCGCGGAGGAGCACAGCGGCCUUAAGAGAGUUUGGUCGCAGUGAGAGCCCGUAGCGGGCCGCGCGCGCAGGUGCGGUUUCCACGGCGACCGAGGGACGCCUUGACUAUAGAUGUUGUGCUCAAGGAACAAGUAGAAGCAUGGUCUGUAAUAGCUUCAAGUUAUUUGUCUCUUCCUCGGGGCUCUGAGCUAUCCAUGGAGCCUCCAGAGGUUGAUGCCUAGUCCUUCCCCAGCUGAGGAAUGGCAACUCCAUCGCUGAACCCUCCACCAGACCUCCCUUUUGCCACAACCUUGUUCCUGCCUCUUCCUGCCAUCAUUUUCUUGGUCGUUGGAUCCUACUUAUUACUCCUGGCCCUGGUCCUUGUCCUCCGACAGUGCCUGAUGGCCCGGGGUCUUUGUGCCAACUGCUGUUCCUGUGAAAAGCGGCCUUGGCCAAACAUGUGCGAAUGCUGUUUGACCUGUGCAGAAUCAUGUGACUGUGCCAUUCCUUCCCCAACCCGCUGUAUGGAUCGCUACUGCACCUGUACUAAUCAGGGCUGGGAACCAGGGGCUUGUUCCUUUCCCCGCUUGUGUCCACUCUGCGAUUGUGCCUGCACAUACCAGCCCCCAGACUGCCAGAACAUCAAUUGCAUUUGCUUUGAGAUCAAACUGCGAUGAAGAACUCAAAAUAGAUUAUGUCUGUGAUUUGGGAGUGUGGGAGGAUUUGGAAGUUUCCAUACAAGUGGUAGAUCCUACAAGCGGUGGACAAGUAAAAUGGGGAGUUAGUUGCUCAGCCUGACAUAAUUAACUUGUCCUGAUGCAAGAAGUUUUGAAACUGAGCUUUUUGUUUUUCAUGUUGAUUUUUCAAGAGCUUUUGUACUUUGUACUACGUGUUUGAUAUUAAUGUUUUUAUAUGAAUUGCUGCAUUUUAUAAUAAAGCAGGUUG